AUGUUCAAUGAACAGCGUGUUUGGCAACGUCUGGAUGAUUCGGAUAGGAACAUAACUCUGCGUCAACUGGAUUUACGAGAUUACGAUUUUAUUGAUGCAGAUGAAAUAUCAAAAGAAACCUCAUUAUCAACAAUUACCCUACAGCCAUCGAUUCCUACUCUACCAUCUUCUAUACUUUCUUCUGAUGCUAACGAUAUUCAGAAUUCUGCAGCCAAUUUUACCACAGACAAAAUAACACUCCGUUUAUGUACUAAGCCUCGUAAACGUGAGUCUUAUGUAGUUAUUUCAAUAUUGAGAACAUCAACAAUUAAUGAUGUGAAGAUAAAAGCAAUUGAUCAACUAUCGAAACGUGGAAUCCCUUCCAAUCCAGUACAACUUCUACUAUAUAUUCAUUGUAUAUGGGAAGGGUUUGAUAAAGAAAAAGGAGAUAUUACAUUACAACAAUUACAUAUUCGUAAUGAUACAUAUAUUAGCAUGGAAACGGAAGAAAAUCAUCUCAGUGAUAAAAAACGAACUUUUUUGCCUGAAAACUUAUCCCAUGAACAACAUCAUUCAAGAAAAAAUAUCAAAGAUCAAAUAGUACCUCCUUCUACUACUUCCAAAACUGCAUCUAUUGUCGAUAACGAUAAAGUGUGUCAAUCAUUAUCUAAUGUUUCUGCUGACAUUCAUCAACAGAAUCAAAAGCAAAACCAAAGCACAGAUAAAGAUAAAACCGAAAUGAAAAAAAAUUAUUCAAUCAUCUAUCCUCCAGGUUUAUGUGGUUUAACGAAUACUGGUAAUACUUGUUUUAUGAACAGUGCAUUACAAUGUUUGAGCAACAUUCCAGAGUUAACUCAAUAUUUUCUUAAUCCUCAGGAGAAUAACAACAACAAUAACCGUAACACACCCGUAACUCUAGCUUAUAAACAUUUGAUUCAAUCGAUGUGGUCUGGAAAACAUUCGUGUAUUGUACCAAACGAAAUAAAAUAUCGUGUAAGUCAAAUAGAUCGGAUUUUUUCUGAUAAUAGACAACAUGAUUCUCAUGAGUUUGUUAACUCUAUGAUUAAUAUAUUAUAUAAUGAAUCAAUCAACAAUGAGAAUAAUAAUAAAUUGACAAAAAUUAAAGAGAUAUUUCAUGGACAGAUAUCAUCGACAGUGAAAUGUCUUCAAUGUCCAUCAACAGAAACAGUAGUUGAAUUAAUUAAUUGUCUUCCAUUACCAUUAGCCGCAUCAAACAAAGUCAGUAAACAAGAACAAAAUUUAAUUAAAAUCGAUUAUAUACAGAUAAAUGGCAAUCAUGAAUCAAUCUUAGUUGAACUAUCAAAGAAAAAUAGCACACUCGAAAUAUUAAUUGAAAAAUUUAUUAAUAAUUAUAUAGAAAAAAAUAUAUCAGAAUCAUCAUCAACAAACACAAGAGAAAUACCAUCCGAAGCAUUGAUACCUGAACGUGAUCGAGUAUUCAUAGCAGAACUAAUUCAAAAUCGUUUUAUUUACCCUUACACAAAUAUUAAUGAACCUUUACAUAACACGUAUGAGAAGAAUAUUACUAUAUUUGAAUUGCCUANAGCAGAACUAAUUCAAAAUCGUUUUAUUUACCCUUACACAAAUAUUAAUGAACCUUUACAUAACACGUAUGAGAAGAAUAUUACUAUAUUUGAAUUGCCUACCAGUAACAGAAAUGUAAUAAGACCCUGUUUGUUCGAAGAAACCGAAAGCGUUUGUUGUUUUCGUCCACCAGUCUAUCUUUUAAUAUCAACGAUGGUUAAACUUCAUGAACAUUUGAAUAUAAUAUUAGACCAUAUUUAUUCUGUUACUAAUCAAAAAUGUGUCCAUAAUAUUUAUUGGACAAAAAAAGGUUAUUCUCAUAAACAUAAUUUAAAUUUUGAUGUAGAAUUUGAUUUAUCAACAAUUGAUCAAAUUACAAUUGAAUUACCAAGUUCAAUCGUAUCAAAAUAUGAAAAAUAUUAUGGUAAAAAAUAUUUAGUUAAUAUGAACGAUGCACCAUUAACACUUGAUAAUUUAAUGAAUGAUUUUUUUAAAGAAGAUUUAUUAGAUGGUGAUUAUUAUUGUCAGAAAUGUGGUGCUACGACACAGGCUAAACAAAAAUCAGACAUAUGUUUACCAUUACCAACAGUAUUAAUUAUACAAUUAAAACGAUUUAAAUUUAAUAAUAGUUAUAUUAAUGAUAAAAUUAAUACAUUAAUUGAAUAUCCAAUAAAUGAUUUUGACUUAAGUAAAUAUAUUAAAGAUGAUAUGAAAAAAACGAAUAAAAAAAUACCAUUAUAUGAUUUAAUUGCUGUAUCAAAUCAUUCAGGUGGUACAUCAUCAUUUGGUCAUUAUACAACUUAUGCUAAAAAUUCUUUUGAUGGACAAUGGUAUUCAUUUAAUGAUCUAUACAUAAGAAAAAUAACAAACACAAAAGAUCUUUUAACGGACAAUGCUUAUGUCUUAUUUUACUCACAAAGAAAGGAAUGA